AAUUUGGUCGGUGCCUAACUAAACCUCUCUUUCUCUGGCUAACGGUCAUACAAGAAUAUGAAGACGUGAGGACUCUCUGUUAUUUCUUUCAAACCCAAAACCAAUAAUACCAUUCCAGUUUUCCACCGUUUCGCCAAAACCUAGGGUUUCGAUUUUCGAAUCGAAUCCCCAAAUCGCUCCCAAAUUAUUGUUCUUAAUUUCCACCUGAAAUGCAAAAAUGGCAGCUCCAGGUCCAGGAGAAGCUGCGUCGCGACCUCUGCUUCCAAUUCUACUUCCCAAGGGCACAAAUUCAACCCUAGGCGAAGCGAUUUCGGGUCCCAGACUCUACAGCUGGCUCGGUCAGUGCCAUGGGUUCUGGCACAAUUUGGCCCUGAUCACGUCCUCGCUUCUCUUUACUCUAUACUUGGCCUAUCAAUCAAGGAAGAGCUUUUCCAAGCUCUAUCAUGGCCGCUCGUAUAUUAUGAUGGCCUACUAUGGCUGCCUUUGGCUCGUUAGCUUGCUCAAUCUCGCUUGGUGCUUUCUUCAGGCAUGGGAAUGCACACCUGAUAAAGAAAUGGCAUGGAAUGUCUUAUCUUUGUUCACAACUUCCGGAAUGUUAUUUUUGGAAGUAAGCUUGCUGGCAUUUUUACUCCAAGGGAAUUAUGCAAGUGGACUGGAAGCGUUGACACGAACUUUUGUUAUCUCAGGGAUCCUCGUUGGUUUGGAUUUACUUCUGAAGGCAAUUUAUAUGUUUGGAUUUGGAAUUCCGCUGUUUGUCGACGACACUGAUCAUACACAUCAGAUGAAGUGGAACUUGUGGUCUGUCCAUAGGCUAGUACUAACUGCAGUUUAUGGUUUCAUAUUGUUCAUGUACCAUUCCAAGUGGAGAGAAAGGCUACCCGCGAGACCUGCAUUCUACAAUUAUACAGCUAUCAUGUUUCUGAUGAAUGUACUAGCAAUGUUUGCUUGUGGACUUACAGGAAAUGGAGGAGCUGGAUUUGGGUUUUGGUUAUAUGGCGCCACUAUUGUCUGUUACCAUGCCUUCUACCUUCCUCUUUUAUAUGUAACAUUUCUGGCAGACUUCUUCCAGGAGGAUGAUUUACACUUGGAGAAUGUAUAUUAUUCAGAGAUGAAAGAUGCUGGUUUCUUUGAUGCUGAUUGGGAGUGAUGAAGUAACCACCAUGAUGGUCAUCAUUCCAGAACUGAAGUCUGCUGGACUGUAUAUAGAAGUUAAAUAUCUUUUCUGAUAAGAGAAGUUGGAUCGCAAAAUGCCUCGAGUGAAGUAAUUUUGUUAGAGUUUUGUAGGAUGUUAUGCUGUAUAUUGUGUUGCUUUUGCAAUCACACAAUACAGAUAUAUGUAUUUGUAAGAUUUCUAAUGCUAUGCUAUCGCUGCUUCAGUAAGCAGGUUCGGCUUGAAUGCCAAUUUCA